CAUGGUCCAAAACCUCCAGAUGGCGUGAAAUCCAAACGUGCUUUUAGAAAGCAUUCCCACAAAUACAAAGAUAAGGGUUGCAGGUACGUGCAAUUUCACUUCUAAUCAUUAGUCAACUUACCGAUAGCAGGGCUUGCCAAAACCAACACAUGAUCCUUGUGCAAAUCUUGCAACACACCCUGGAAAGGUGACAACACACCGACUUACCUGGUGGCUGCUGACGUUUUCACAAAACACGUUGUCAAAACACCGGCUGAAUUCAUCAGGAGGAAUGAUGAACCUAUUUAUUUUAUUUAUUUAGCAGCACGGAAUGAUACAAGACUGUUUAAGAUUGCAAUGGAAAAUCUGCCCAUCAGUUGGACGGUGCACAGCUGUGAGCAGGAGGGAGAUGGAGCAGAGCUGCUGAAGGAGGAAGACACCAACACACAUGUCCAUGAUCUGUUCCAUGAAGACGCACAGGGCUUUCAAGAGUCCGGUCAGCCAUGGUGGAGGAUCAAACUGUUCGUGUGGGAGCCGGUGCUCUUUGGCACCUGGGAUGGAGUCUUCACCACCUGCAUGAUCAACAUCUUUGGCGUGGUUCUGUUCCUGCGUACCGGCUACCUGGUGGGGAACACGGGAGUGCUGCUCGGGAUGUUCCUCGUCUCCAUGGUUGUGUUGGUAGCUCUGGUGACGGUGAUGUCGGGGAUCGGAGUGUGUGAGCACUGUGGUGCCGGCAGCGGAGGAAUCUACUCCAUGAUCUCCACUGUCCUGGGGAGCCGGGUGGGGGGCACCGUAGGCCUCCUCUAUGUGUUUGGACAGUGUGUUGCUGGAGCCAUGUACAUCACAGGCUUCUCUGAGUCGGUGGCAGAGCUGCUGGCUUUACAAAGCCAGUGGGCAGUGCGCGGCAUGUCGGCAGCAGUGCUGUUAGCCCUGCUUGGAAUCAACCUGGCUGGUGUCAAGUGGAUUGUCCGACUCCAGCUGCUGCUGCUGGCUGUGCUGGCUGUCUCCACACUGGACUUUGUAAUUGGCACCUUCACGCACCUCGAUCCAGAGCAUGGUUUCAUUGGUUACUCACCCGAGCUGCUCAGCAGUAACACAAAACCAGAUUAUAGCACCGGAGAAAACUUCUUCACAGUAUUUGGGGUUUUCUUCCCAGCUGCUACAGGGGUCAUGGCAGGCUUCAACAUGAGCUCAGACCUUCAGCGGCCCGAACACAACAUCCCUGUGGGAACACUCGCAGCUGUCUUCACCUCGUGGUUCCUGUAUCUGGUCUUUGUCUUCCUCCUGGGGGCCAUCUGCACCAGAGAAGCUCUGCGCUAUGACUUCUUGAUAGCAGAAAAGGUCUCCUUGGUGGGUUUCCUCUUUCUGCUGGGCCUCUACAUCUCUUCUCUGGCUUCCUGCAUGGGCGGCCUGUACGGAGCACCCAGGAUCCUCCAGUGCAUCGCCCAAGAAAGGGUCAUCCCCUCUCUGGCCUUCCUGGGACGAGGGAAAGGCCCAAACAGGACCCCAGUAGCGGCUAUCUGUCUCACCAGCCUGCUGACCAUGGCCUUCAUCUUCAUCGGCCAGGUCAAUGUUCUGGCACCCAUCGUCACCAUUAACUUCAUGCUAACGUACAGCUUCAUCGACUACUCCUACUUCAGUGUGGCCAUGACCUUCCAGCUGCAGACCAAAGACAAGCAAGGCGCCUUGAUCCUGGCCAAAAGAAACCAGCGCAGGUCCACCAGGCAGAGCUCCAGACCACUGAUCGAGGCCGCUCUCCCCAACUAUGGGAGUGGAGGAGAGAGUCCGCAGAGCAAAGGCACUCUGUUGGAGUUCACCAGGGACAUGGACCACAUCUUUCCUCCUGUCUCUAAUGUUGAUUGUGGAGCUGAGAAGGCCUCGCCCACGCAAGAGCUGAGCAGCAAACCUAAGGGCAAAAAGGCUGCUGCAAAGCAGAAGCUGAUGGACAGCUUUGGUUUGGACCUGAACAGCAACAUGUUCUCAGAAGAGAAAGGAGAGGAGACAAAUUCAGUUCCACCAGAGGAGGAAGGCGAGGGGCAGAGUGAAUGCUGGAAGCUCGGAGCUGAAGAGCAGCCUCAGGUCAAGUGUCGUACUAAAAUAUGUCCUGUUGAGCAGGAUUCAGCUGCUGAGACUCAGAAUCCCAACGCAGGUGCUGGAGGUAAAGCAGAACACCAGAGUAUUGAAAUCAAGCCCAUGCACGAUUCCCUUUAUGCAAAGUUCUGUAACCGCUGGAUUGCUCUUAUCGGGGCAUUGAGCUCCAUAUUGAUUAUGUUUGUCAUUCAGUGGAUUUAUGCCUUAGCCAACAUAUUAGUUGCUGUGCUGCUCUUCUUCUACAUCGGGAAAACAAGUCCUGGACUUCCAAUAGGUAUUGCAGCUCAGUUCAGCUUUUUCAAGUGGCUAAAAUCAACACUGAAUAGCAUUUUCAGGCGAAAAGGAUCUCCCCAGGAUGAGAUCAUAGUGACACCCUGUCUGUCUGGGGUUGGACUGAAAACCAAGCAACUGACAGAGGAAAACGCUGACUUUGCCUCUCGCCACCGAUAUCACCAGUCGUCGUUGAUCAGGGCCGAGGAGAUGGUGCAACCACGGUUUCCCUGACCGACUCAGAAUCUGCCUCAGUUACAUGUCAUAGCUGACAGAAUGAAACCUCAUUUUCUGCCUCAAACUGUGUCUCAAGUUGUUCAAUGGGCAGCAUUCUGAGCACAUUUUCUAUUUAACAAAGACUUUCAGCGGCUCAGAUCAUUUUCCUGUGGCAGUUCAAGGAAACCUGAGCUUUUCUUAGAGCUGCACAAAGGCAGUGUGUUUAUGUGAGAGAAUGCGAAACAUAGUUGGGAUGUGGAGGUAGCUAGAAUUUGUAAGAUUAUUUUGCAUAAUUUAAACUGAAAUAUAAACAGAAGUUCUUUAUAUUGUCUGAAUAUACUUUAAGACUUUCAUUUUGACAUGUAUUACAAUCUGCAAAACGCUUUCUUUCUUUCUUUUUUUGUCCUGCUGCUCCUGAGCUGUGCUCAUGUGGCAGUAUUAUCCUGUACAUGUAAAACAGCGGUUUAGUUAAAAUGUCCCUAUAUACUCCUCUAUAAAUACAGUUCAUUGAGAAAUGACUGUUA